GGAGAGUCUCUUCGUGUCCUCUACUUGAGGUGUUAUCUUGAUCGCGCUUUCAGAUUCGACGCAGAGAAAUAUACAUAUAGUCUAUCGCACCAGACAUGUCGGAAUCGCCAGCCACAGAACAGCCUACAUCGUCUCCCCGCAAAGCUGUAGACGACCCCAAAUAUUGGACCUCGAAAGGGGAUUCACUCCAGUCCAAAUCAAUGUGGGAUAUAAAAAGGCCUGGCUCGCUAUCGCAUACACUCCGAGUGGCAUACGGAAUCGACCAACCAUGUCCUCUUCUAGUGAGCGAACUCGAAGACGAUACAUUCCUACUCAAAGGGAACCUCAUGGCACGAAAUGGACAAGGAACUGUUGUUAUACCCGGGACCACGCCUGAUGGUUUCUUCUUCUUCAGCGCGACAGCUGGGCAAGUCCAACGGAUUAUGGAGCCGGCGAGCCAGGAGGGGAUUUGGGCGAAGUUGAAUGAGAAGCCAAUGGAUGUAAAGGCGGAAGAGAUUCAGCCUUUAUGUUUCGAGGUUGAGCAAGGGAAAUCUUUGAGUGGACAAGUGGAUAGGCUCGCUUUGGGGGAGGUUGAAGAUUCUGAAGACUAGUAAUUUGGCAAACUCUACACGCUGCACCGUGAUGAAGC